CACGGUGUGUGUGCCCCAUGGACGUGGCCGAUGGAAGGGAUGGAAGCAGUCCCUCAUCCCUUCCAUCGGGAAGGAACGACAAGGAACAACGAACGGUUAAACAGACUUAGCGAGACUCGCGACGCAGAAGGCCGCGGGAAAAGUAGUGCGUGCUCGUUGCAAAAUGGCCACGUCCGACUCGAAAGCGCCUCUGCGUACUGUGAAAAGGGUCCAAUUCGGCAUUCUAUCCCCUGAUGAGAUACGUCGGAUGUCGGUCACGGAUGGCGGCAUUCGAUUUCCAGAAACGAUGGAAGGUGGUCGGCCAAAGCUCGGCGGACUGAUGGAUCCGAGACAAGGCGUGAUCGACAGAAAUUCCAGGUGCCAGACGUGUGCCGGGAAUAUGACAGAAUGUCCAGGACAUUUCGGGCACAUAGAUCUGGCUAAACCAGUUUUCCACGUCGGUUUCAUAACGAAAACGAUUAAAAUUUUAAGAUGCGUGUGCUUCUACUGCUCGAAACUGCUCGUCAGUCCGCAUAAUCCGAAGAUCAAGGAAAUAGUAAUGAAGACCAAAGGUCAGCCACGGAAACGUCUCAGUUUCGUGUACGAUCUGUGUAAGAGCAAGAACAUUUGCGAGGGAGGAGACGAGAUGGACAUCAAGAAAGAUAAUCAAGAGACACAGCCCGCGGAGAGGAAACUGGGACACGGUGGUUGCGGUAGAUAUCAGCCGAAUCUUCGUAGAUCGGGAUUAGACGUAACUGCCGAAUGGACGCAUGUAAACGAGGAUUCGCAAGAGAAGAAAAUGGCGUUGACGGCGGAGAGAGCGUGGGAGAUUCUGAAGCACAUCACGGACGAAGAAUCGUUCAUACUCGGUAUGGAUCCGAAAUUUGCGCGACCCGAUUGGAUGGUGGUGACGGUCCUGCCCGUUCCGCCUCUCUCCGUACGACCAGCGGUGAUCAUGUACGGUUCGGCGAAGAAUCAGGACGAUCUGACGCACAAACUGGCCGACAUUAUAAAAGCGAACAACGAAUUAAUUAGAAACGAGCAAGCGGGCGCAGCGGCGCACGUGAUAUCGGAGAACAUAAAGAUGUUGCAGUUUCACGUCGCGACGUUAGUGGACAACGAUAUGCCCGGCAUGCCCAGAGCCAUGCAGAAAUCGGGCAAGCCGUUGAAAGCUAUAAAGGCGAGACUGAAAGGAAAGGAAGGUAGAAUACGGGGAAAUUUGAUGGGGAAACGAGUCGACUUUUCGGCUCGUACCGUCAUCACCCCCGAUCCCAAUCUGCGGAUCGAUCAAGUCGGCGUGCCCCGCAGUAUCGCGCAGAACUUGACGUUUCCCGAGAUCGUGACGCCUUUCAACAUCGACAAGAUGCAAGAGCUUGUGAGACGUGGGAACUCGCAGUAUCCGGGGGCGAAGUACAUCGUCAGAGAUAACGGGGAAAGGAUCGACUUGAGAUUCCACCCGAAACCGUCCGAUCUGCACUUGCAGUGCGGUUACAGGGUGGAGCGGCACAUUCGAGACGGCGAUCUGGUGAUCUUCAAUCGACAGCCUACCCUGCACAAGAUGAGUAUGAUGGGCCACCGGGUGAAAGUUCUCCCUUGGAGCACGUUCCGUAUGAACCUCAGUUGCACGUCACCUUACAACGCCGACUUCGACGGUGACGAGAUGAAUCUGCACGUUCCGCAGUCCAUGGAGACCCGAGCUGAGGUGGAGAACAUUCACGUGACGCCACGACAGAUCAUCACGCCUCAAGCGAACAAACCGGUGAUGGGCAUCGUGCAGGACACGUUGACUGCGGUCAGGAAGAUGACCAAGAGGGACGUGUUCAUCGAGAAAGAACAGAUGAUGAACAUCCUCAUGUUCUUGCCCAGUUGGGACGGGAAAAUGCCUCAACCGUGCAUCUUGAAACCGAAACCGCUGUGGACCGGAAAGCAGAUAUUCUCCCUGAUCAUACCGGGCAACGUGAACAUGAUCAGAACUCAUAGCACACAUCCGGACGAGGAGGACGACGGUCCGUACAAAUGGAUCUCCCCCGGCGACACGAAAGUAAUGGUGGAACACGGCGAACUGGUGAUGGGAAUACUCUGCAAGAAGACGUUGGGUACCUCCGCCGGAUCUCUGCUUCACAUUUGUAUGUUGGAACUGGGACACGAAGUUUGCGGCCGAUUUUACGGCAACAUCCAGACCGUGAUCAACAACUGGCUAUUGUUGGAGGGUCACUCGAUCGGUAUCGGUGACACCAUCGCCGAUCCGCAGACUUAUCUAGAGAUCCAGAAGGCCAUCAGAAAAGCGAAAGAGGACGUGAUAGAGGUGAUCCAGAAGGCUCACAACAUGGAACUGGAGCCGACUCCUGGUAAUACGCUGAGGCAGACGUUCGAGAAUCAAGUGAACAGAAUUUUGAACGACGCUCGUGACAAGACCGGUGGCUCUGCUAAGAAGUCGUUGACCGAGUACAAUAAUCUAAAGGCUAUGGUGGUGUCGGGCUCGAAGGGGUCCAACAUCAAUAUCUCUCAGGUGAUCGCCUGCGUGGGUCAGCAGAACGUGGAAGGUAAACGUAUCCCGUUCGGUUUUCGCAAGAGAACGCUGCCGCAUUUCAUCAAAGACGAUUACGGUCCCGAGUCGAGAGGAUUCGUCGAGAACUCUUACCUCGCCGGUCUGACCCCGUCGGAAUUUUAUUUCCACGCUAUGGGAGGCCGCGAGGGUCUCAUCGAUACCGCUGUGAAAACCGCGGAAACCGGUUACAUUCAACGUCGGCUGAUAAAGGCCAUGGAGUCCGUGAUGGUGCACUACGACGGAACCGUGAGGAACUCCGUGGGCCAACUGAUCCAAUUGCGUUACGGCGAGGACGGUCUGUGCGGUGAAACCGUCGAGUUCCAGAAUCUGCCCACGAUCAAAUUGAGCAACAAGGCGUUCGAGAAGAAGUUCAAGUUCGAUCCGACGAACGAACGAUACCUCCGCCGUAUCUUCAACGAGGACAUCGUAAAGGAGAUGAUGGGAUCCGGGGAGGUGAUAUCGGAAUUGGAGCGCGAAUGGGAACAGCUGAACAAGGAUCGCGCCGUGCUCAGGGAGAUCUUCCCCAGCGGCGAGUCGAAGGUCGUGUUGCCUUGCAAUCUGCAGAGAAUGAUCUGGAACGUGCAAAAGAUCUUCCACAUAAACAAGCGUGCACCGACCGAUCUCAGUCCGAUGAGGGUCAUACAGGGUGUGAAAGAUCUGCUGGACAAGUGUAUCAUCGUCGCUGGUGACGACAGGCUUAGUAAACAGGCGAACGAGAACGCGACGUUGCUGUUCCAGUGCUUGGUCAGAUCCACUCUGUGUACGAAGUGUGUCUCCGAGGAGUUCCGAUUGUCCAGCGAGGCGUUCGAAUGGCUGAUCGGUGAGAUCGAGACCAGGUUUCAACAGGCCCAAGUGUCGCCCGGCGAAAUGGUGGGCGCAUUGGCCGCGCAGUCGCUCGGCGAGCCCGCGACCCAGAUGACUUUGAACACGUUCCACUUCGCGGGUGUAUCGUCGAAGAACGUGACCCUGGGCGUGCCCAGGUUGAAAGAGAUCAUCAACAUCAGUAAAAAGCCAAAGGCUCCGUCUCUGACGGUCUUCUUGACGGGGGCCGCGGCGAGGGACGCCGAGAAAGCGAAGAACGUGCUCUGCCGACUGGAACACACCACGCUGAGGAAAGUCACGGCGAACACUGCCAUCUAUUACGAUCCGGACCCACAGAACACGGUCAUCGCGGAGGAUCAGGAGUUCGUCAACGUUUAUUACGAGAUGCCCGACUUCGACCCGACCAAGAUAUCGCCGUGGCUGCUUCGCAUCGAAUUGGACCGGAAGAGGAUGACCGACAAGAAAUUGACCAUGGAACAGAUCGCGGAGAAGAUCAACGCGGGCUUCGGCGACGAUCUCAAUUGUAUAUUCAACGACGACAACGCUGAGAAAUUGGUCCUGCGAAUCAGGAUAAUGAACAGCGACGACAAUAAAUUCCAAGACACCGAGGAGGAGACCGUGGACAAGAUGGAGGACGACAUGUUCCUCCGGUGCAUCGAGGCGAACAUGCUCAGCGACAUGACGUUACAGGGUAUCGAGGCGAUAGGAAAAGUGUACAUGCAUCUGCCACAAACGGACUCGAAGAAGCGCAUAGUCGUCACGGAAACGGGCGAGUUCAAGGCGAUAGCGGAAUGGUUGUUGGAAACGGACGGCACGAGCCUGAUGAAGGUGUUGAGCGAAAGGGACGUCGACCCGGUGAGAACGUUCAGCAACGACAUCUGCGAGAUAUUCCAAGUGUUGGGCAUCGAGGCCGUGAGGAAGUCAGUGGAGAAAGAGAUGAACGCUGUUCUACAAUUCUACGGCCUCUACGUGAAUUAUCGUCACCUCGCGUUGCUCUGCGACGUUAUGACGGCGAAAGGCCACCUGAUGGCCAUCACCCGUCACGGGAUCAACCGGCAGGACACCGGGGCUCUCAUGAGAUGUUCCUUCGAGGAAACGGUCGACGUGCUGCUGGACGCGGCGUCUCACGCGGAGGUCGACCCGAUGAGAGGAGUCUCCGAGAACAUCAUCAUGGGACAGCUACCGCGGAUAGGCACGGGAUGUUUCGAUCUGCUGUUGGACGCUGAGAAGUGUAAGGCCGGCAUCGAAAUACCGAUGGCGGUGGGCGCCGGUGUAAUGGGAACCGCCGGGAUGUUCUUCGGCAGCGUGGCUACGCCGAGCAUGAGUCCUCAAAUGACGCCUUGGAUGGGUGCCACGCCCGGUUACGGCGCCUCGAGCAUGUCACCGGCGCUCGGCAGCGGUAUGACACCGGGUGGAGCGUGCUUCUCGCCUUCUGGCGCGUCGGACGCCUCGGGACUCUCGCCAGCGUAUUCCGCGUACUCGCCGCAACCCGGAAGUCCAGGGAGUCCGGGACCCAGCAUGAGCCCGUAUCCGAUGUCACCGGCGGGCGGCGCUUCGCCGAGUUACUCGCCCACGUCUCCCGCUUACUUACCAACCUCGCCGAGCAUAACACCGUCCAGUCCGAAUUAUUCGCCGACGAGCCCGACUUACUCGCCGACCAGCCCGAAUUACUCGCCGACCAGUCCGAGCUAUUCGCCGACCAGCCCGAGUUACUCGCCUACGAGUCCGAGCUAUUCGCCGACCAGUCCGAGCUAUUCGCCGACGAGUCCGAGUUACUCACCGACCAGUCCGAAUUAUUCACCGACCAGUCCGAGUUACUCGCCGACGAGUCCGAGCUAUUCUCCGACCAGCCCGAGUUACUCGCCGACCAGCCCGAGUUACUCGCCGACCAGUCCGAGCUACUCGCCCAGCCCCAGUUACUCGCCGACCAGUCCGAGUUACUCGCCGACGUCUCCGAGUUACUCGCCGAGGAGUCCGAGUUACUCGCCAACGAGUCCGAGCUACUCGCCGAGCUCUCCGAAUUACACGCCUGCCUCGCCGUCUUACUCCCCGUCGAGCCCGAGCUACUCGCCGAGCUCUCCGCAAUAUUCACCGGCCAGUCCCUCGUACUCGCCGAGCAGCCCGAAGUAUUCACCGACGAGUCCGUCGUAUUCGCCCACUUCGCCCUCGUUCGCCGGUACCUCGCCUCAGUACACGCCGGCGAGUCCCACGUAUUCGCCGACGAGCCCAACAUACUCGCCGACCAGCCCGUCUUACUCUCCCAGCUCGCCCCAGCACACGGCAUCGGGCAGCACCAGAUACUCGCCGAGCAGUCCAAACUAUUCGCCGACCAGCCCGACCUACUCACCCACGAGUCCCCAGUACUCGCCGUCGAGCACGAAAUACUCGCCGACGAGUCCGACUUACACGCCGACGAGUCCGAGUUACUCGCCGACGAGCCCGACUUACUCGCCGCCAGUGCCUGGUUACUCGCCCACGAGUCCCACUUACUCGCCGGCCUCGCCAGCUUACGAGACGGACGACACGGCCAAGUGAACGAGAGACUAACGAAUGUCGGUCCAUUUUCAGACGCGAAUUACUAUUAAGCAUUUACUGUAUGGACUAGCUGUAAGUAUUCAAAAGUGUAAUUACUUUCAGCUGUUUUAUAGCCUGUGUAACAUAUAUUUCGCGUAUAAUCUUCAUCUUUGUGAUUCGCGUGACCACCUGUUCACAACCACCUGUACGACUGUAGGUCGGAGUGUGUUUUUACAAUCUUUCUAUCGAGGGAGAUGAGAAACAGUGGCUACGAUCAAAUUGGCGAACCAACUGGAAGGAAGAAAAGAAGCGCGUUUGUGGGUCUUCUUUUGCUUGCUGCAGCCGCGUCUCUCGCUACACGUACGUUCGCGUUCGAUACGGUGUCGUGUUACGUUCGGUGCGGUGCGCGUCACCGCAAAACGGAAAACCGGUUGACGGUGUGCAUGCACGCAUGCACCGGAACGGAGACGACGGCGACGACGGGGACUCGUGUCGGGUAUUAUUCGCAGCCAUGAAUCGCGAGGGACUACCGCUACUUUUCAAGGAUGCCAAUUCCGAAUUAUCGCUUUUGUUCGCGACGUUGUGCGUCAUCGACAUCUUCGGCGUUUUCCCGAUUAUCGCGUUACCGCGCUCGAUCGUACAAUGCGGUAAGUUCCUCGGUCUCGUCCUGACCACCACUGUGCAAAGGACAUAAAAAAGUUUUUCAGUUCAGUUUCCUUUGCGAACACCCUCGCGCCGCCUCCGUACUUUUCAUACUCCAUUUAUUUUGCGAUGCGCAACCUUGUGUUUCGCAGAUUCUAAGUGAUAAUAUAUCAACAUACGAGCAUAGACGGGUGAAAUGUACUAUAUAUAUAAGUUGAAAGUUACUUGGAGUUCGAUUUCGUUUAAGUUGAUUUGUUGGUUUAUUCAAUCGAUUGGCAUGGAAUCGUUGUAAGCGACAAAUUUUUCACCUCACCAGUGUAAGUCGAUCAUUCUCAACGAAUAAAUCGGUGAAAUCGUUCAAA